UGAACUGCAUUAAUUAAAAGAGUGUGAAAAGUUAAAUAUUAAUUCAGAAAUUUGAGAAAAUUAAGGGGGGCAAAUAGAAAGCAAUAAAAAGUUUUUGCCCAAAAAGAAAGAAAUAGAAAUCUAGGGUAAAACUUUACAUUUGGAAAAGGGAAAAGCCACCCCUCCUCGCCCCCUGGCUCGUCAAACAGAACCCUCGCAGAAGCAGAAACUGUAGGAGGGCGACAAUGAGUUAAAUUCAAAGGUGUGUCGUUUUCCCACUACUUUUGCUGAAUUUGCUGAUUUUAAAGUUAAGUUUCAGUCUUGGAUGAUCGGAUCCAUGUUUUGCUCUUUCUGCAAAACACAAAUCUACAUUAGAGGUGGAAUUUCCAGGAUUUCACCUACUUCCCAAUGUCUCAUCUUUCUUCAAAACCAUCCAAUGAUUCCAUUAGCUGCUAGAUAUGUUUCAAGGAUUGCUAGCAAUGAACAAUCUUUUACAGCUUCUUAUCUCAUAAACUCUUAUGGGUUCUCUCCAGAAUCUGCUUUAUCAGUUUCCAAAAGAGUCCACUUUGAAACCCCCCAAAAGCCUGACUCUGUCAUUAGCUUCUUCAAGAACCAUGGCUUUUCACAAACCCAAAUCAGAAACCUCAUUCAAAGAAGACCCAAAUUGCUUUUGAGCAAUCCUGACAAAACCCUUUUGCCUAAAUUUCAGUUCUUUUACUCCAAAGGGAUUUCAAGCUCUGACCUUGCAAGAAUCCUGUCUUCUAACCCCCUUGUGUUGGCAAAUGAUUUAGAUAAACGCAUCAUCCCCAAUUUCAAUUUCAUCAAGGAUUUAACUCACUGUGCUGAUGAUAAGGUUUUUCUAGCCUACAAGCAUUGGUCAGGCAUUCUUACACGUAAUUUACAGUCUGUUUUUGCUUGUAAUCUUGCAAUUCUGCGAGAAAUUGGGGUGCCUGAAUCAAUUCUUUUGGCUGAACUUAUUGUCCACCCAUCAAUCUUUGCUCACAAUCAUGAUAAGUUUAGAAGAACUACAGAAGAAGUAAAGAAAUUGGGUUUUACGCCCUCAAAGCAACUUUUUCUUGUAGCUCUUCAAGCUUUGAUGCAAAAUAGCAAAUCAACAUGGGAAAGGAAAUCCAAUGCUUUUAAAAAAUGGGGUUGGUCUGAUGAAGAUAUUUUUUCUGCUUUUGAGAAGUAUCCAAGGUGCAUGAUUUUUUCUGAGCACAAGGUCGCAUCAACAAUGAACUUUUACGUCAACACAAUGGGCUGUAAAUCUUCAUAUAUUGCAAACUGUCCGGUUCUUCUUUCAUAUAGCUUGGAGAGGAGAAUUAUCCCUCGGUAUUCGGUUCUUCAGGCUUUAUUAUCCAAAGGUUUGAUUGAGAAAUUCAGUGUUCAUUCUAUAGGGUGUACCGAAAAGAAGUUCCUCCAAAGGUUUGUGACCCCUUAUGAGGAUCCUUACUUAUUGAAACUAUAUAAGGAGAAGCUAGGGCUUUCAGAAUAGAUAGUAUGAUGUAGAUGCUAAAACUGAGCCAAUGAGAAUUUGCCUGUCAUUUUUGAAGGUCAAGUUUAUCUCUCUAAUCUUCUUUUGUCUAGCAUUGACAAUAUUGGUUUAAUUUUUUUUAUCCGUUAAUUGUUCAGUAAAGUGAUCAACUAUCUUUUCCACAUCUUUGCUUAAUUUUACUAUGCGUGCCUUUUAAAGUUCAAGAAGAAUAGUGGCUGAAAUCAGGAUCUGUCUUACAAUCUGGACAGACUGGUAUUAAUGAUCUUGCCUUCUAUGAGAUAUGCUGGUGCUACCUUUGUUAUUCAUAAAUGCAAUUUCUUUUUUGGCUAUAUAUGCCUUCCAUGAAAGAUAGUAAAGAUGGAGAUUGAUGCAUGAAAUAAUUGUUGUUUUCAACUUAGCUGCUUAUUGUUUGUAGUGGAAAAGCUUUAUUCCUUUGUUAACCAUAUAAGAAGAAAAAAGAUAGUCAAACAAGAAUUACAAUCGAUGACAACUAGAAGUGCAAGGGACAAUGGAUCUCAGGUUUUAGUUUCUUUCAAUAUCAUUGCCCCAUUGCCCAUUGCCCGGGCAACUCAAACGGGCAAGAAGAGAAAAGAUGCUGCUUUGUAAACCUGAAGCAGAGGAAAAAGUAUCAGCUAUUUAUGCUUUCAGAUGAAAAUGCUGACAUUCUUGUUUGA